AUGGCUCUUACUUGGGAGGCCAUCGGGGCUCUCUUCAUGGCUGCAUUCUGCUAUGGAGUUGCUACUUGUCUUUUUUUCCUUGCUCUAUAUAAGACCAUUCUUGUCUCUUUGGUGAUAUCGCAGAAGGCCAAGCUCCCCAAGGUUCGCAGAAAGGGAACCCCCGUACACCUUCUCAUUGUUCUUGGUAGCGGUGGGCAUACCGCUGAAAUGAUGGCCAUUCUUGAGAGGUCUCUCGAUAUCUCUGUCUACACAUACCGCACCUACGUAGUAAGCUCCGGCGAUGUUCUCAGCGCUCAGAAGGCAGUGGAUCUUGAGACAUCGAUGGCCAAACGGAAUGGCAUCGAGAAGAGGAAUCACGGCUACUCUAUCGUCUCGAUACCGCGUGCAAGACGUGUACAUCAAUCCUACUUGACCGCGCCUUUCUCAACGCUGCAUUGCUUCUGGAAUUGCCUGUUGGUUCUUAGUGGGCGCCAUUCAGAGCAAAAGCAAUUGCCAGCACAGUAUGAGUCCUACCGCCCGGACAUCAUCAUUGCUAAUGGCCCCGCAGUAGCCGUCUGCAUGAUUAUUGCAGCAAAGUGCAUUCGAUUCUACACCUUUUGUUCGCGGUGGGUAGCGAAGCGAGGUUCUGACGCACAAGUCCCCAGACUGCGAACAAUCUACAUUGAAUCGUGGGCUCGGGUGGAAAGAUUGAGUGUAUCUGGCCGCAUACUGCUCCCGAUUGCCGAUCAGUUUCUCGUUCAAUGGGCUCCUCUGGCUGGCCUGCGAGCUUGGUGGGGAAUGAAGCCCACCGUGUUUUGUGGCUGGGUCGUGCUUUGA